UCAACCGGAAAUGACCUAAGGUGGCGCCAGCUACGAAAACAAGAGAAGUUGGAGGAAUCGUGGCCGUUUUCUGUGCGGUGUGCACGACCGUUCUGUGAUCCUUAUAGAGUUGUUAGCGAGUAGUGAUAUCAAAUUUAGAGUGUAGUCAACAAAGGAGUUGAUAGACGUUCGCUACAGGAGCCAGUUUGCGAUAGAGCUGAGUGGAAGUCUUGGAAGUUUACGAACCGGCCCGACAAAAAUGGCCGAAACGACCCCAUUCGUGGACGGCUGGGACUUCGUGCAAACCUUAGGCGAAGGGGCUUACGGAGAGGUGAAACUGGCUGUGAACAGGGUGACUGAGGAGGCUGUGGCUGUCAAGAUUCUAGAUGGAGACAAAGUCAAUGGAGCAUCGGAAAAUAUCAGAAAAGAGUUGUGUAUACACAAGAUGAUGACCAACAGUCACAUCAUCAGGUUUUACGGGCAUCGCAAGGACGGCACUCUCAACUACCUCUUUUUGGAGUACGCCAGUGGUGGCGAGUUGUUUGACAGAAUAGAGCCUGAUCAGGGAAUGGCUCAGGCUCAGGCGCAGAGGUACUUCAGACAGCUGAUAGCAGGAGUGGAAUAUCUACAUACCAAGGGAGUGGCACACAGAGAUAUAAAACCUGAAAACCUCCUGUUGGAUGACAAUGAUAACCUGAAGAUUUCAGACUUCGGGCUGUCGACGGUGUUCCGUCACCAGGGGAAGGAAAGGGUGAUGAACAAGUGCUGCGGAACUCCUCCAUACGUGGCACCUGAGGUGAUGAGGAAGGAGGAGUACAGGGCAGAGCCUGCAGACAUCUGGUCAUGUGGGAUAGUGCUGGUCGCCAUGAUGGCAGGAGAGUUACCCUGGGACGAGCCCACCUACACAUGCAGGGAGUACUGUGAUUGGCUAGACAAGAAGUACCAGCUGACACCGUGGAACAAGAUAGAUACUGUACCUCUAGCGCUUUUGAAAAAGAUUUUAGAAGACAAGCCUGGGAAGAGAUGGACCAUAGCUCAGAUAAAGAAAGACAGGUGGUACUGUAAAACCUUCUCAAAGUCAAAAGGACGGCUGCUGUCAGCCUCCCCCACCACCUCCCCAGCUGGGCCCUUCAGCAAGAGGAUCUGUUCUGGCAUUGAUCUGUCACCACCCAUGGCCAGGUAUGAUUCGAGUGAGCGUUACGCCAGCUCCCAACCAGAACUUCGGCGCGAAAACACAUCAUCAUCGGAGCUGAGCCAGUCGUCCAUGGAAGAGCUGGUCCAGGGAGUGAGCUUCUCCCAGCCUGCUGCUCCAGACGACAUGUUCCUGGCCAGUCAGACACAGGCUUCACAGUCAUCACAGACUCCACUGCAGCGCCUUGUGAAGAGAAUGACUCGGUUUGUUACCAAGUGUGAGACAGAGAAGGCCCUGGCUGAACUGAAGGCGGUAGUGGAUAAGCUGGGCCUCUCCUGGAAGAAAGUCCAUGCAAACCAGAUUUCAGUGAGCACGACAGACAAGCGAGGAUCCCAGCUCAUCUUCAAAGUGUUCCUGUAUGACAUGAACGGGUACAGGCUGGUGGACUUCAGGCUCUCCAAGGGAGAUGGGUUGGAGUUCAAGCGGUUGUUUGUGCGGAUUAAGAAGAAAAUGUCGGCUGUCAUCAGCAAGGCACCUGCACUCCUACCCAUCAACAUGCCUGAUACAGCUCUGUAGGUGGCAGUUGUCACGGCAUCAGACCUUUUGUAACUUCUUUGUUGAAGACACUAGUUAUGUAUACAUAAGUACCAGUAGAUUGUAGUAUUACGUUCUUAAGAUAUUGUUAUAUCAUAUUAUAUACAUACCAGAUACCUUCUGUUAAGCAGCCAACAAUGUAAACUGUGUCCUCCUGUCAGUGACAUGACUACGCACUAAGAGAUGUUAUUCUUAAUUAUGAGAAAUAUGUGAUUUGUUGGAUCUACAGGUUACAAAAAAAGAUAUUCAUAAUUUAAAAAUCAAAAAGAAAGAAUCAGGUCUACUGUUCUUCUCAAAUCUGCUAGUAUAAUAUUAUACAGACCUUUUCAAUCAUGUUAUUAUCUGUAACUGCGAACUUAAGAUACACUCUUAUGUUCAACUUUAGUUAUGGAAUAUUGCAUGCAUAACUGUACCAAAAGUAAGACACUUUGCAAUAUCAAAUCUUCAACUCUUUAUUCAUUAAACAUGUAAAAAUUAAGUAUUUUACAGCAGUGCAUUGAGCACAUCUCAUGUCAAACAAGAUAACCAAUUGGUCAAUACAGAAUUACGUAAUAAUCAAACAACAGGUACAUGAAGCUACUCUGUACUGGUACAUGUAGCAACAAUUGACGAGUCAAGGAGCCCUAUAAAAUGAUCCAAUCUCACUGUAAAAAA